CAUAGUUGGCAUAUUGCUUUUGCGACCAACAAGAUUCUGGCUCAUCUGGGUUUCACAGUUCCAUAAGUUUGUUUUUGACAGAUUUGUUGAAGACUGUGCAAUAGAAUUGUCGUAAAGCAACGUAAAGAAUGCCUGGCCCAGUUGAGCAUCGUUCAGCCAGUGGCUUAAUCAGUCUUAUACAAAAAUGGUUACGUGGGUCAAGUUACAAAACUACCUUGCGUUUUGCGGACGAAAUUGCUGCACGCACACAACCUCCCCCAAACCUACCCUUGGGUCCUUAUCACAAGACAUCAAAGAUUUAUUACUAUACUAGAGAUGCCAGGCGUGAAGUGGGUCCUUCAACAAUAAUUUCUACCAGUCGACAAAUUGGCUCACCAAGUCAAGUAUCAACCCAAAUUAAACUUAUUACACCGGGUAAAGUUCUGCACUUGGAAUAAAUCAUUUGUAAACUAUAGUUGGAAUAGAAUGUGAGCCUAUAAUUAGGAUCCACCCCAACCCACGUACAGUUUUCAGAAACUAAAGACUAUUUGUCACAUGACGCAGAAGUAAUACUCAUGAGGUAUAUGAGGCUACAUUGGGCUACAUUUUAUCAAUUGACGAGACCAUCAAACCUGUGGUCUAUCAGUCUGGCAAUGUAACGUUGGCCUGGAAACAUUAUUGUACAUAUUUAGUUUGGUAGCCAACCAUUAUAAAUAUUGAAUAAGGCAUGUUUAAAGUAUAUAUGCCUUUUUUAUUUUCAUUUUGAUAUAUGUACACAUUUAUGAGACCAGUAAUUCAAUAAAUUAUACACAUACCUAUAACUAGUUCACAAAUAUCAAGGAACGUAAACCAAAACGCAAACAUGUACAAUAUGAGGUUUUUUUGACAUGGACAAGUUGCCACUAAAUGUAAUCAUAGAUGUCUGCGAUGAACGCGUCAUUAUUGGAGGUCUCGGAUAAAAGUGAAUUAGGAGGUAUUUAGUUCUGUACAUAAUCCUAACAACAUUAACUACGAAAUUAAAUUUCCAAAUGAAAAGACAACAAAUUUACAUAAAUGAGAUGCCAGCGCAAGUUACGAUGUAAUACGUAUAAAGUAUUUUCGUAAUGUAAUACAUAACAAUUUUUAAUUACCUAUAUGGAUUAAUAAAUAUAAUAGUGGAAUGUA